CUUUCUUAACUGUCUCGCAUUACCUUUUACUUCCUUUCUCCCUGGAAAAAUUAAAGCAAGCUCCUUCUAUUUAAAACAUUAAUCAUUAGCAAAGCAUUCUCCUCCUCUUACUUACUAUUCAAACCAUUGAAUUAUUCGACCGUGUUUAGCUAGCAUAUCAUGAAAGGAAAAAUUGAAGAAAUAGAAGCUCAGUAUCCUCCUCCUUCUCAUCAUCGUGAUCAUGAUCAUGAUCAUGAUCAUCACCACAAAGACGAUGAAGAAGAAGAACAACAACCAAGGCGCGGUUGUCGGCCAAUAGCAUACUUGCUUGGAUUUCCAUUUGCCAUUUCUGCCUUCCUUUUAUCUCUUGCUGCUGGGAUUGUUUGGAUACUUGGGUCAUUAUUGAGUUAUGUGUGCCCAUGUUUAAGCUGUUGUGCAGAUCUGGCAAAUAAAGCCAUGGACGUUAUAAUGCUACCUAUUAAUGUCUUUAGAUGGUUUAUUGAUAAGAUUCCCUGUUGAUAGACUGAGUUCAUAAUUUCCUAUUAUAAUUUAUUUAAUUGAGUUUUGCGUAUUUUGAUUAGUGAGUUUGUAAUUUAAUUCAAAGUUCCAGUGUUUGACUUCUAAUUUAUCAAAAGUUGUAAAUUGUAAUCA